AUGAAAGUGGGAUAUUCCAUCUGUUUGUUGAGCUCAAUUGCGGGCGCUGACAGUCGCAUCAGACUUGAAAAAGGAUAUUAUGGGCGACUAUUCGUCAAAACUGUCCGGCCAGAUGGAAAAACGACUUGGGCGACAGUAUGUUCCAACGAGAAAUCGCCAAUUACGAAGAAAUUUGCAAACACAGUUUGCUUAAACAUCAACAGCGAGUUAGAAUCAUUCUCGUGGAAGAACACCACCGAUCCACGGACCAAAGGGUAUCCAUUGAUUCAAGAGAAGAGUCUCUUCUGCGAUGACGAGACUGACUUCUCCACUUGCUUUGGGAACUUCAAGUCUUCAGAUUGUCGCGAUCAUCAGAAUGACGUGGUGAUCAACUGCAAAAAGCCUUUGUCUUUUGACAAAUCGGUGCAAUGGGCCGAGUGGAGCGAAUGGGACUCUGAUAGAUUUUUCUUCAAGUGGCGAUCCCGGAACUGCUCUUCUGAGCUCAGAACUUUCAACGAAGACAUCGUCAGCUGCGCCCUCAAAUUUCCAGAUUCGGGCAACUGGUUCCACGGCGAGAUUUGCAAAGAAGAAACUUGUUUCAAGGCCGAUCUUCUGGACUACAGCACAGUCUUUGACGACUCGAGCACUGAUUACAUUCCAGACAAUUACAUCUUCGACGACGAGGAUUUUACGUCAGAGUCGUCUGGCGAAGCUGGUUUCACGCGACGAGGCAAACAAUCCUCCGCAGCUUUUCUCACACUCACUCCGUCACUGCUGUUAUUUUUGUUUCUAAAUACAAUUUUAGCUUAA